GUCCGAGACCCUUCCCGUCCCCUCUCUGUCACCUCACAGUAGUCGUUGCCGGUAGCGGGCGCGGGGGCGCGAGCAGCGUAGGGUGGCCUCUCCCCCGCCCCUCAGGCCGGGCCCGGGCUCGGUUCCCCCCUCCCCCCGGUCCCGCUCCCACCUCUCCCCGCCCGGGUCGGGUACGGGAAGGUCCAAGCCGCUGCCGGGUGCCCGAGGGCCGUGGUGGCCGCCGCCACGGGCCCCGAUGGAGCCGCCGAAUCUCUAUCCGGUGAAGCUCUACGUGUACGACCUGUCCAAGGGCCUGGCCCGACGACUCAGCCCCAUCAUGCUGGGGAAACAGCUGGAAGGCAUCUGGGAGGGACGUUGCUUGGGCCUCCAGACUCUGUGGUUGAUGUGGGGAGCACUGAAGUCACAGAAGAAAUCUUCCUGGAGUACCUGUCCUCCCUGGGGGAGUCUCUGUUCCGUGACCGGGAGCUUCAGAUGCUGUUGUUGGCCUUCUGUAUCACUCCACAGGGUGCUUGCCAACUUUCUCAUAUCUGUUCUCCAAACCUUUCUCCUGAUGCACAGAGGUGAGGCCUACAACCUCUUUGAACACAACUGUAACACCUUCAGCAACGAAGUGGCACAGUUCCUGACAGGGCGGAAGAUUCCUUCUUACAUCACUGACCUGCCCUCUGAAGUCCUGUCUACGCCCUUCGGACAGGCGCUUCGGCCUCUCCUGGACUCCAUCCAGAUCCAGCCUCCUGGGGGUAACUCCGUGGGCAGACCCAACGGCCAGAGCUAACAGGACCACAUGGGACCGCCCUGCCUCACCAGGGCUUUUCCUUUUUAAACAAAACAAACCCUACCAGAUUUCUAUUUUAUAAUUUUACAUCAGAGCUAACAACCAGGGGACGGCUUUUUAAAUAUCCCAGGGAAGGAGAUCACCAGGCUGCACAUAGGACAAUGCUGCUAAGAAACAGAACAAAAUGCCACCCUUCCAAUAGUAUUACACUAAUUUAUUAAGGCUGUCUUGUCUGUGAGUUCACUUUUGACGCUGUUUCCUAAGCGUCCUCCACCCUGGAGAAAGGGAGGGAGGUUGGUUAAGUAGAAAGCAAGAGGCACAAUUUGGGGGAGCCCCAGCCUAGAAGUUAUUUCUAGAGAAUACCCAUUUUUGACCCAGGUUGUCACCCUGUGGGACCCAGGGGAGUUUAAGCACAUCCAUGACCCAAGAGCAGCUUCCUUCUGCAGGUAGACGAACCAAAGGAUUUGGUACAGAAUGACUAGUCCGACUCAGUGAACUCUUAGCUACAACCUAUCUUGCCUCCGCUCCCCUGGCCCCAUUAGGCUAUGGGUCCAGAGCUGGAGCGGCUGGAAGAGUGACAGCAAGGAUCAGACCAGAGAAUACAGGAUAAAGCCAUUUCUCCUUGCACUGGAUCUGAUGGCUGCCCUCAGGCCACACUUCCUCAGCAUGGCAUGCCUGGCACGCCUGAUGAAGGUCUGGGCUGCAGCGGCAGAACCCGGUCCUUACCCUGCAAAUCAUGGUGCGAGUCAUUUGCAGUCCCUAAAACCUCCCAUCUAGACCAGUAUGCAGUCUCAGCUAGGGACCAGGAGGGUGUGAUGCCCUGCUCUAAAAAAAUCUCUGAUGUAGAAAAAAUUAAUGACGCAGAAUCAAGGUAGCAAGAAAAUGUAGUGUUGUUUCCACUAGACACUUUGACCCUGCCCUAAGUGUGUUCUGAAGGCACACACCGUCACUGUUAUCAUCCAGGCUCUAAGGAAGCAUGACUGGGCAUUUUCCUGAUGACUUGCUGCUGACAAUUUACAGUCUUUGGUCUGAAGAGGCUCCCGUAACUCGGACCUUGAGGAAGGCAGCGUGAGGAAGGGGCUGAGGCAGCCUGAGGCACCCACAGCCACCUCGGGCCCCUCCUGCCGUGACUAUCACUGCAGGCUUGGGUUGUGUUUCUCCUUCCAGAAAAGUUGCCGCCCAUCUCUGACCCCUCCCCUGCCAUCAGCUGGCCUUAUCAGAGCUUCAGCUGAAGGGAGAGAGGUCCCUCUGCCUUGGCGUCACUGUCCCCGAUGGGGCCUGUCCAGCCGGGAGCCCCAGUGACGUUUUGGAACUGUAAGACUAGAGGCCAAACAAAUGAGCAGUUUUAAUUCUUCUCAAGAUGCACUCGUUCGCAGUGUGCACACAGUGACAGCAGAGCAGAACUGGCAGGAGUCAUUGUUUAAUGCUGGUCCUGGUAGCAGGGUUGAGUUUCUCCUGGGAGGGCAGGAAAGUUGAUCUAGGCCAUCAUUCUGCUGCCCACCAUGCCCAGCCUUGUCUGGCCCGUCUCUCCCAGCCUCCUGUCCCACCCUGCUCCAUCCAGGGCUCUCUGUCCCCAGAGGACACUGGGCUUUGUUCUCCUCUCCCACACACAGGCUCAGCCACUCACUCUUGGACACAGUGCCAUUCCGAACAGUUAGCUCCAGUGACUCCCCAGGACAAUCUUGAGUCACUCACUUUCUUGAACAGCACCUGUUCACACCCACAGUGUCCGUGCCAAUGUGCUGUGCCCUGGGAUUUAUGGGAGCUGGAGGCACCUUUGCAGGAAGGCAAGCUCUCCCGCCCACCCCAGCAGGCAGGUCCCCCUGUCACUAUAGAAGCCCAGGCUCAGGCUAGGACCUCUCCCAGCCAGCCUUCACCCUGCUCUGUCUUGCCCAGAACCUCAGGAGCAUGCCCAUUGUGACCAGCUAACUCCACGUGGACAUGCGUGGGCGAGCAGAGUGGAUACUGAGUCCUGUUCUGUGUCAGAGUGGACACUUCCAUAGAGGUCCGUGGGUUAAAAGGGACAGGGAAGGAGGAGGGAUGAGACCGUCACCCCUUCCCAGAAACAAAGCUUGUACCUGGAAUGCAUUGAUGCCCUCGAAGUCAAACUAGUAACUGUCUGGGAUGGAGGUGUGGGCUGGUGUUCUUUGAUGUUUUUUCUAAUGCAAUAAACUCAUUUCUGCCUGCUGCA